CUCUCUCCCCUUCUUCAUCUUGUUUUAAAAAAAAAUUCCCACGUACUCUCCUGUAAACAGAAAAACAUAACUUCAUUCCGCUACAGCAAGAGUGGGAGACCAAGUCAGCACCGAGCAGCAUGGCGGAGAUUCGGGCAAAGCUCGUCAAUUCUGACCAGACAACUUAAUGUAACUGAGCAGGGCUACAGGAGCCUCGGAUAACACGUGUAGAUUGUUUUAGUUGUUUUAUAGAGAUUAAUAUAAAAAAUCAGAAACAACAACAUACACACACGCCUAGCUGCCGGCUAUACCUUCACCUUUUACAAAGCGGAGAUGCGUUGCUACGCUGCCUUCAGCUGCCUGCUUGUGAGUGUGAUUCUACAAAACGUUACACCCAAGAACCACAGCCAGCCCUGGCAAUGCGAGCGCCCGAAGUCGCCAAGUCACAUGAACUCGUUUCUGUGGACGAUCAAGAGAGACCCCCCGUCCUACCUGUUCGGGACGAUCCACGUCCCCUACACCCGCGUCUGGGACUUCAUCCCUGAGAACUCCAAGAAGGCCUUUCAGCUGAGCAGCAACGUGUUCUUCGAGCUGGAUCUCACUGACCCCUACACCAUCACGGCUCUCACCAGCUGCCAGCUGCUGCCCCGGGGAGAGAGCCUGCAGAAGCUGCUGCCCCGGGAGCUAUAUCGUCGGCUCAAGAGCCACCUGGACUACGUCAAGCACAUGAUGCCUCACUGGAUGACCCCCGACCAGCGGGGCAAGGGGCUGUACGCCGAUUACCUCUUCAAUGCCAUCGCCGGCAACUGGGAGCGCAAGCGGCCUGUCUGGGUCAUGCUGAUGGUCAACUCCUUGACCGAGGCAGACAUCCGCUCCAGGGGGGUCCCCGUGCUGGACCUGUACCUGGCUCAGGAGGCGGAGAGGCUGGGGAAGAGGACAGGGGCCGUGGAGAGGGUGGAGGAGCAGUGCCACCCGCUCAACGGGCUCAACUUCUCACAGGUGCUGUUUGCUCUGAACCAGACACUGUUGCAGCACGAGAGCCUUCGGGCAGGCAGUCUGCAGGUCCCUUACACCACAGAGGACCUCAUCAAACACUACAACUGCGGGGACCUGAGGGCCAUCAUCUUCAACCACGACACCUCGCAGCUCCCUCACUUCAUCAACAGCUCCCUCCCUGACCACGAGCGCAUCACAGCCCAGCAGAUCGACAGCUACUUCCGACAGGAGCUGAUCUACAAGAGGAACGAGCGCAUGGGCCGUCGCAUCACUGAGCUGCUGGAGGGCAACCCCGGGCAGGCCUUCUUCUUCGCCUUCGGGGCAGGUCACUUCCUGGGAAAUUACACUGUGCUGGACAUCCUGAGGCAGGAGGGCUAUGAGGUGGUGCACACGCCCUCUGGACAGCCAAUCACAGAGAAGCCCUACCCGUCUGCAGGCAGCCCCUCAGAGACAGAGCUGCCCCCACUGAGGCACCCCUUGGGGACGGGCUUCCCUGAUGCAGCCCUCCCUGAAGAGGAGCCCCUGACACCCCACCUGCUGCUCCCAGACAGCCUGAGCCAGCUGGAGGAGUUCGGGAGGCAGAAGAAGCGCCCCAGAAAACAGCAGCGGCAGCAGGGCAGGCAACGGCAGUUCAACGACCUGUGGGUGCGCAUGGAGGACAGCACAAUACAGCUACCAAACAUCCGAACCACCAAGGGCUCCGUCACAGUGGAGCCCCCUUUAACAUCGCAGGAGCAGCAAAGACAAAUGGAAGCCCAAAAUCGGCAGAUGGGACCCCACGUGUUGGGCGUCUACCCUGGGCACCCCCGCGUCGCUGCUGUGGGGGACCCCCCUCCCCCUCAUCCCCUGCCCCCACUGUGA